AUGAAGGAGCCGGCACCCGAUUUCAGGCCCACUACGAGCAAGGUCUCCCUGCUGGGCAGCUUUCCCGCAACCUCCGAGGGGAAGUACGGCUUCUCGGCGCAAGCUGGCGGAUUUGUCUGUGGCGUUCCGUGGGCGGCCACGGAGGUCACUUGUGUACAGACUCUGACGGACCUCGUCGCUUCGUUCGGACACUUUCCGGCUGAUGUGGCGAAGUGGCGCGACGCGGCGGCGAGCCGAAAUGGAGUCAUCUUCGCCUUGCCGAUUUCGGCAUCGGGCAUUCUCAGGAUCGACCCACACCAGAGGGUCGCCGAAGUUCUGGGCUCUCUACCAUCAGGACGCUUUCGGUGGAUGCCAGGGCCUCACACGCAACAUCACCUCCUGGGCCUGCCAGACUCGGAGUGCUCCAUCCUUUUGGCCGACCUGGAUCACGGUCGCAUCGAGACGAGCCGUGGCUUCAGCUGCCAAGGUGUGAAGAUGCACAACUGGCGCUCAGCUGCAGUCGCCAAGAAUGGUGACAUCUACGCCGUGCCCUUCUGGGCCACCUCGGUGUUGAAGAUCAACGUCGAGGGGACCGUGGCCCAGGCCACCACUUUGGGCAACUUCGAGCCUGGGUUGGCGAAGUGGAACCACGCAGUGUUGGCCGGGGAUGGCAACAUCUAUGGCGUCCCGUACUCGGUGGGGAAGGUGCUCAGGAUCCGGCCCUACGCAGACCAGGUGUCGACGUUUGGGUCCUUUGAGCCCGGGCUGGCAAAGUGGAGGGAAGGUGUCCUCGGCCUGGAUGGCUUCAUCUACUGCAUUCCGGAGACCGCAGUCACCAUUCUCAGGGUCGACCCUCAUCGCGGCGUAACCUCACAAAUUGCGCUGCAUGGGCGUGGCGCCACAGAGGUAACACCCUGGCCGCUGAUUCCCAUGGAGACCGGCACCACAACCACCACGACGGUUCAGAUCAUGUGCUUUGACUUCGACUGCCCUGGCAAGUCGCAGCUACGGGAGGAUGCUGCCACGAUCGUUUGUCGCGAGGAGCCCUGUCGCCUCUCCUGCUGCCUCCGGAGCUGCGUCGACUUCGAGUGCCCUGAGGGCUACACGCAGAAGGCAUCAGCUGAGCGCUUCAGCUGCGCCUCAGGCUUUUGUGGCAGCACUGAUCUGCUAACCUGCUGUGACGUGGACCUCUUCUAUCCCAAUGUCUUGGUGCCGCUCCUCAUCUUCGCAUCUACCGGCUUCGCCUGCAUCGUCGCGCAGACCCAGCGCUGCCGCAAAGAGCACCUUUCUUCGCAGAGGAAGUUUAGCAUUGCUUACUUCACCGUCCUCUUCGCCUGGGACGUGUGCGACCAAACCGCGUCUUGGUGGUUCUGGGAGUACACUGCCGAUGUGGGCGCCUCCCAGGGAGUUCAAGUUGCCGCGAUGAUGUCAUCAAUGAUGGGCACGGCAGUGAUUCUCUUCGCCUUUUUCGCAGGCCUGUUCCUUACGACACCCCAGCUUCUGGACCAACGAUGCCCAGAGGUGAGCUACUCCGUCACUGCUGGCUGCGCCGACGUGGUCAUGCUGAUCGCGGUCUUUUGCUUUGAAAUGGAAGGCAAGGAUCAGGGCAGCUGGAUCAAAGUCCUCAAUCUGAUAGCGACGCUCAUCGACUUUGUCCUCAAAGUGAUGCAGGCCGCUGGUGCUCUCUUUGGGGCUUCCUUGGACGGCGAGUCCUUCCUACUUGUCGGCGCGGAAGAAGAGUGA